AUGUUGCUGGCGCCCCAAGACAGGUCCUCCUCCAGGAAGAGGACGGGGCUGAAUCGCUGGAAACAGUUUACAAGGAAGCCGAGUCCCACCAAGCCUGUGUUUGACCCUGACAACGUGGAACACUGGAUUAAGAGAGUGGAGAAAGCUUCAGAAUUUGCAGUUUCGCAAGUAUUUUCUGCUGGAAAUUCAAAUGUCUCCAGAAGGCUUUGGGGCCAACUUGUAGAUUUGGAAACACCUGAGCAAAUAGAAGAUCAUGAAGAAGUCUAUGCAGAAGCUCAGGAAUUGGUCAAUGACUGGUUAGACACCAAACUUAAGCAAGAACUAGCAAGUGAUGGGGACAAUGAUGCUGAAGACACUGUGUCCAGUAUCCUUCCUGUGCCAGAAGCCAGUGGACAUUUGAAAUAUGACAAGUUUGAUGAUUUAUGUGGUUAUUUGGAGGAAGAAGAUGAAAGUACCACUGUUCAAAAAUUCAUAGACCAUCUGCUCGAUAAAGACGUGGUGGAUUCUGGGAUAUUGGAAGAUCUUGGAAUGAAUGAAAACCAAGACAAGAAGCGGCAGAAGGAUCCUCGUCUUACCAUGGAGAUGAGACAUAAGCAGGUAAAAGAAAAUCGCUUAAGACGUGAGAAAGAACUGGAGCUCCAGAGAACUGAAAAGACCCUGAAAAAAUUGGCCUUCUUAGAGGCUCAGUAUCUGGUGCAAGAAGAGAAGAAAAGGAAGGCUCUAGAGGCCAAGAGAGAGGAGGAGGAGAUUCAAAGGGAGAUGGUAAAGCUGCGGAGGGAGAUAAUUGAGAGGCGACGCACAGUGGAAGAAGCAUGGAAAAUAGAGAAGAAGAAGCAAGAAAAUUCUCCAAAAAUUCCAGAGAAAGGCAUGUUUCAAAGUGUUCAUAUUCUUCUGGAUGAAGAAAAAAUGGCAAAAGAAAGAAAGAAGAAGCUGAAAGAGUUAUUAAUUCAAACUUUCAAGGAAAAUCACCAGUGUCAAAAACGGUAUUUCUCUGCCUGGCACAAGCUGAUUCUUGAUCAUAGGAUUAAGCUGGGGAAAGCUGGGACCCUGUCCGACUGGAAGUUGCAACUGAAGGUCCUGCGGGCCUGGAGAGACUACACAAGAUCCCAGAAGUUGGGGCGGGAGACUCAAGCUAUAGAAAAUUACCUUAGAGAAGAAAACAGAAAACAACAGCUGGCCACUGAGUAUAACCGGAAACAAGUUCUCCAACACCAUUUUACAGAAUGGCAGCGUUGGCAUCGUGCAGAGAUCCUAAAGAGAGAACUGGCCGUAACAAAGGAGGAAACCAGGAAGAAAAUGAAUGAGCUGUUGGAGGCAGCAUCACUAGGGAAACUCAGCGCAAACGUGUCAUCAAGCAUCAGUCUGCUUGAGGAGGCAACGGCUAUGGAGGAUCCACCUAGAAAUGGACAGGUGCCUGCUGUCCCUGCUUUGUGGGAAAAGCCUCCCUCUGGGAGCAGUGGUUGUCUGCCCAGCUGCCACCUCGGAAGACCAACAAAGAGCAUCCUCCAGGUUCCCCUCCAAAAGGCCCCUCUGGAUACGUCUGACAGUAAGCCACACAAGGGCCCAGGUGAUGAGCCCUCCCAGCAGCCUGGUAACAAAAAGAAGUUCAGAACCAGCAGCCAGAAAGCAGAACCUGUUUGCAUGGGUCAUUUCCACAACCGCCAUGUCUUCCAGCAGCAGCUGAUUGAAAAGCAGAAGAAGAAACUUCAGGAGCAGCAGAAAACAAUUCUGGAGCUGAAGGAAAACCAGCGGCUGGCAGAGGUUCGGUGGGCAGCAGGGCGUACGCACCCACAGAGCUGCCAGCUGUCAAACCCGGGAGAAGAUGAAUGGGAACAAACCUGCCAGGUGCUUCCAAAUUCACCUGUUGCUUGCCCUGGGACUGAAGGCAGUAGAAGUGACUCCCGAAACUCUCUUUCUGGACCCAGAAGGAAUCCAAGGCAGUUGAUGGCUCCCCAUCCUAUACUGAAAGCCAUGGAAGAGAGAGCAGUUCAGCGAGCUGAACGUAGGCGGAUCUUGGCAGAGAAGAAGAAAAAACAAGAAGAGGAGAAAUUGGCCCAGUUAAAGGCCCAAGAGGAGGAGCGUCAGAAGAGGGAGGCAGAAGAAAAGGAGGCUCAGCUUGAGAAAAAAAGAGAAGAGAAGAGACUGAAGAAAAUGAAAGAACUAGAGAAGCAGAAGAGAAUUAAGAGGAACCAGCAGCUGGAAGCAAUAGCCAAAGAACACUAUGAAAGGGUAUUGCUAAGAAAUAAAGGUCUGGAGCCUUGGAAGAGGCUAAGAAUGCGAAGCAAGCAAAACCUCCAGGUGGCCAAAGAGCAUCACUCUUUGACCCUACAGAGGAAAUGCCUGCUGACCUGGUUCCAGUGGUGUCAGGAAAGCCUGGCUAAGAAGAUGGCCCAGGCUGAUCAAUUUUAUUCAGAAAUAUUGCUUAGGAGAGUUAUCCGGAGCUGGCUACAGCACCUGAUUGAUCUAGACGAAGAAGUAAGAAAACUGUGCGUACAUUUUCUUCAGAAGAAGAUUUUCAGGGCCUGGCGUGACAUGGUCAGGGAGGCCAGGGUCGAUUCUCAGAACAAGUACCAGAUUGCGGUGGAACACAGUGACAGGAGGAUUCUCUGGAUCACGUUUCAGACAUGGAAGAGGUUUGCGAAAUAUACAAAAGAGGAAAGACAAAAAGAAGAGAGGCGAGAGCAGCUCCGUAGGAAGGUAGCUGAAAUUCUUCCAGAUUUCCAGAUGUUCACACUGCUGUGA